AUGUCAAGUAAUAUUGAUUAUGGAACAAUAUGCAAUAUAUGUAAUAGAUAUUUCAACGAUCCAAGAUGUUUUCCAUGUAAACAUAUAUUUUGCAAAACAUGUAUUAUACAAUGGUUUAAAAAGAAUAAUAAAUUGUGUCCAAUUUGUCAACAGAUUGUUUCUAUUUACGAUGUGACAGAUGUUGAUCCGAUUGUACAAAAGAAGAUCGAUAAUAUUCGUAGAGAUCCUAACGAACAUUUCAAAGUGGAUACGCACAAUUUAUUAACAAAUAAUCAAUGUCCUCAAAAUGAACAACAAGAUCAAUUGUAUCAACAUUCAUCAUCAAUACUUGCUUUUGAACCAUUUCGAUCUAUUUUUGCUGAAGUUUUUAGUAAAAAUCAACAAUUGAACGAAAAAGCAAAUCAAUUGGAAAAAACCUUUCAUCAAGAACAUGAAACCUAUGUUAAUGAUCUUCAAGAUAUUAACAAUCAUCUUCAUACAUUUGUUGAUCAAUAUAAUGAUCAAGUGAAUAAAGAUCAAAUUCAAAUAGAUGAAUUACGAACUGAAAAUCAAUGUCUGAACAAACAAAUCCACGAGCAAAUAAUAAAAUGUAAUGAACUUCAAAGUGAAAAUCGACUUCUUAAAGAAAAAAUCGAUCAGAUCGAAGAACAGUAUCAAAAUCAUAUUAAAGAACUUGAAAGUACCAAUGAUCAUUUGAAUACAUAUGUCGAACAAUUGACACAUCAAUUAAAUAACACAAUGACAGAAAUAAAAAGAAUCGAGGAUGAGUAUCAAAAACAAAUUAAAGAAAUUAAUCAAUCUGAACAACAAUCUUAUCAGCAACAAAAGAUGAAAAUACAAGAAUAUGAUGAUCGAUUGAAUAUGUAUCAAAUUCAGAAUGAACAAUUUAAACAACAACUUGAUGCACAAACUAUACAAUAUAAUGAACUUCAAAAUGAGAAUCGAAUUUUUAAAGAAAAAAUCAAACAAUUCGAACAACAAGGUCAACAAGAUCAUCAAAUUCAUGUUGAAGCACUUAAUGAUCAAAUUACACAAUUGAAUAAUCAAUUAAAAAACCAUGACAUCCAAAUAAAAGAUUUGGAAAAUGAGAAUAAACAACUCAAAAUGCAACAUCAAGUCCAACCAGAAGUUCAAAUGGAAGAACUUAAAGAUACACUUAAUAAUCUUAGUAAACAAGUGAACAACAGUGAAAAACAAAUUCAAGAGUUAAAAGGCGAAAAUCAAAAACUUAAAAUACAAAUUGAUGAACAGAUGAGACAAUACAGUGAACUUUCCAUAGAUAAACAAUCUGUUAAAGAAGAACUACAGCAGCUCGAGCAGCCGUGUGAACAAACUGAUCAGAUUGAAAAAAAAGAAUUUGAAAAUACUAAAAAUCAUUUGAUUGCAUUUAUACAACGAUUCCAAAAUCAUUCGAAUCACCGUCAAAUUGAAACGAACAAUUUUCAUGGUGACAAUGAACAAAACGAUUCAUCGAAUAUUGAUGACAUAAACGAUACUAAUGAUUGUCACAGUACAUGUUUUACACAAUUGAAUAGUCAAUCGACAGAUGAUGAAAUGCUCGAAAUCGAGCCUGAAGAUGGUGAUCAAUGUCAGAGAAAAACAAGAAUUCGAUUCAAUGUGUAUCAGGAUCAGUCAGCAACUGAUACUAAAUGCUUAAGAAAAAGAGGAAAAUAUGUACUAGAAACAAAUGAAUAUCAAAAUCUAAAACUUGAACAAAAAAUUCGACAACAAAAAAGUAAUUCACAAGUGUAUUUGAAAGGACAAAAAUUAAUUGAUCGAGAUAUGGACAUUGUUAUUCAAGAAGCUAUUAUAAAAAAACAAUGCACAUGUCUCUACUUAUCAUCAAAUAAAAUGACAUCGGUCUGUGUUUCGAUAUUAGCCGAGGCAUUGAAUAAUAACAAAACAUUACAACGAUUGUAUCUAUCUGAUAAUCAAGUUUGUGAUGAUGGUGUUUAUUUUCUUGUUAAAAUACUUUCACUCAAUAAUAAUAUUCUCGAACGGCUUAAUCUUUCAAAAAAUGGAAUUACAGAAAUAGGUGCAAAAUAUCUUGCUGAAAUGAUUAAAACAAAUAAAAUAUUAACUCAUCUUUAUCUUGGAGAGAAUGAAAUAAAUGAUCAUGGGGUUCAAAUAUUGACUGAUGCAAUUGGAAAUUAUAACACAACAAUCAGUUAUGAUCGAAAAUAA